AUGGGCGCUCUUAGGGCGCAGGUCCGUCGUGGACUCGCGCAGCCUCUUCAACAGGUCCCUCUGACUCCGGAACAUGAGCUUGAAUGGUUUGCGAUGGCAUUGGGAGAUUUUGACGGAAUACCCUGGCAACCUGACAGAAGUCCCAAGGAAUACAAAGGAAAAAGACAGGCGGCCCGCGCAGGUGUCAACUCGAUGAAGAAUAGUGGAAGUAACCCGACAACAUACAAUAUGAUGGUAACGAGGAGAACACUCUGUGAGCUCGCUGGCUGGCAGGGACCAGCAUCCGCAGAGGCUCUGACCCUUGCAAGGGCGAUCAAGAUCACAAUGGAUGCUCUAUCUAGUUAUCUUCCUCCCGAAGGUGACUUCACCUGGUCCCUUGGAGCCCUUUCAGCGGGACAGAAGGAUAAGACACCCGAGUUUUAUUGGACGCGAGACGUAACCGUAGACACACUUCGGAAGGACAUCGAGGCAGUGCUAUCUUUACGGUUAUAUUCCGUCUACUCCCAGAAGCAGCAAUCUGAACAUGAGUCAAAAUCUAUCCAAACUCAACCUCGCAAGUAUAAUGCGCAGCUGCGCGCUAGAGAAAUGCCUCCAGAGCGAGGUUUGCGCCUUCUAGGUCCAGGGACACGGGCCCAUCAGCGGGAUCUCGCGUGGUGGAUGCCUCCUGAUACAGCAAGAAUCUUGGACAUUAAAGAAGAUAGGAACGGUACGAUGGUGGUUGAAAACCAUAGGAUUGUUGGCUAUGAGGGACAGCAGGAUCUGUUUGCGAAAUUCAUGCAAUCUGUGGCAGAGAAAAUGACGCGAGCCAUCGAGGGCGGCUCUAACGUGCGGCCCAAAGACUCUAGUAACAUGGAUGCCUGGAAAUGCUUCACACUCCACAACGAUCGGCUGUCAAAAUUGGCCGAGGACAUCCAUAACUCUGGACUUGGAAAUAUUCAUCGGAGCUAUCUAAGCAUUAUUCAACCACUAAGCGCAGAACAGAAGCUUCCCAAACCCGAUAACGUUAUUGCACUGGCGCGAAAACAUGCCAAGCCACACGAGCGACUUCAACAUUUCGAAGAGGCUGUCGACAUAUACUUGUGGCUUUUUAGAACGGCAAAGACAUUUCCAAGGGAGAGUAGCAUCCUUGCAAAGGCUAUAGCCAUAUUAAUGGAGAAUUUAAGGACGGUCGCUCUAACUACGAAAUUAAGGGAGGCUCAACAGUACUCGGUUUAUCGAGUUGAGGCGAUUAGAGCGGCGAAGACAAAAUUGGAAAAGGAAUUAAAACAAGUUGAUAGAACGGUGCUAUCAUGCCUCAUGAGCUUGUACAAAGGACAGAGACGCCAAUGGGAAUGCGAUAUUUUACAGGAUGCUGGCCCUACUAUGGAUGGACAGACUAGUUAUCCAGAAACGUUCAACCACACACCAUUGCAUCAGAAGUGCCAGAUGGAUCGAGAUAUAAAUGAAGAGUUGGCAGCUCUAAAAACUCGAGACAUAAAUCAGAAAGACAUUCAUGACUGGACACCCCUCCAUUACGCCGCAGCCAAUUCUUCUUCCCUUCUGGUCGAAGAUUUGCUGGCGUUUCGAGCGGAUGCUAAUGCGCGAGAUCCCCUAGACUGGACUCCAUUACACUACGCCUGUAAUGCUCCUAGUGAUGGGUUAGCUGUGCGGUUUCUCCUUAAGGACGGGCGAUCGCAAGUGAACGCCCAAAGCAUAGAUGGAGUAGCUCCGCUGCACUGUGCCGCUAUGAAUGGAGAUAUCAGGGCGGUAGAAAUUCUAGUUCAGGCAGGAGCAGCUCUCGAUAUCCAGGACGCGUCAGGAAAUACGGCGCUACACUGGGCUGCAUUCAAGGGCCACGGAGAUAUCGUCAAAUAUCUUUAUGAGGACUCGAAUAAAAAGCUGCGAGAUAAUAACCGCCGGACUGCCUUGCGCCUAGCAGCGAUGGCGGGAAUGGAGAAUGUAGUACGCUUGCUCGUUCCAUGUCCCGACAAGCAGACUGUUGCCGACAUGGACGCCUUUGACUACGCUGAAUAUCAGCCGCUGCACUGGGCCGCCAUGUGUGGGCACGAGGCCAUCGUGCGCUAUCUCGUAAAUGAGGCGAGCUUUGAUAAGGACGCCGCGACUCCCUGGGGCCAUACGACGCCGCACUUGGCCGCUAGCCAAGGGCAAGAAGACAUCGUGCGGUAUCUAGUCGACGAGGCAGGCGCUAAUAAGGAGGCUAGGGAUACCGACAACAAAACACCGGCACAAAUCGCCGCUGAGGAGGGGUAUGAGGUUAUUGUGCGAAUACUUGAAUAA